AUGUGGUGUCUGGAGCGGCUCUUGCGGGACCGAGAUGGGUUUCUCCCGGGGCGCGUCCGCCGCUCCAAAGCUCGCCCAUCCGCUGCGUGCGCAAACGUGCUCACUCCAGACCGCAUCCCAGAGUUCUUCAUCCCGCCGAGGCUGGAACCUAGCACAGCCUGGGCUGCACUGCGCGAAGCCUGGGCUGCAGACGCGGAGGUCGACGACGGCGCUGGCCGCACCGACUGGGACCCACGCUCCCAGGCUGCGCUCUCGCUGCCGCACCUGCCCCGCGCGCGCACCGCUUACGGCUUCUGCGCGCUGCUCGAGAGCCCGCACACGCGCCGGAAGGAGUCGCUCUUCCUCGGCCACCCAGGUGUCCCGGUCCGCCGGCCCGGGCUUCGCCACCGCACGCACACCUACGCGAGCCCCCGCCGAGUCCCGGACGCUCAGCGCCCUGCCCCGGGCGACCCAGACGCUGCCCGGGUCCCGACGCCCACUCCUGCUCCCAGCAGACGCCGCUUCCUACGCUCCCCCGGCAAGCUGCUGAGCCGCGCGCUGCGAGCCCCUCGACGUCCGGCCAGCGCGCGUCCCCCGUGCCGUGGCGACGAGCACGAGUGCACCGCCUCCUGCGCGCCCCCGGUCCCCAGCAGCCCGGAUCCCGAGCGCCUGCAAGCCGAGGCCAGCGUGGCUCUGGGCCGCGGGGGUUGCACGCUGCGCCUGGCGGCCGAGUACUGUCCGCGCAGCNCCUGCCUCCGCCUCCGCCUGCUGCGCGUUGAGGGCCCGGCCGCCGCGCUGGAGCCCCGCGCCCUGGGCUGCCGCCUCAGCCUGGUGCUGAGGCCGUCGGGCCAGCAGCGCGCCAGUGUGGUCCGCCGCAGCCGCAAGGCCGCCCUGGACCAGGACUGCUGCUUCGACCGGCUCCCGGAGGAGCAGCUGCGCCGCCUGGCCGUGCGCAUCAAGGCGGAGAGCAAGGGCCGCGGGCUGGAGCGCGGACGACCGCUGGGCCAGGGCGAGCUGCUGCUGGGCUCUCUGCUACUGCUAUGAGCGCGGCUUCCCUGAUGCUCUGGACAGUUAAGGUCGAGUGACCUUGAGAUGCACAGAGACUCU